GGUGGGGGUUGAGUCUCGACCAGUGCGCGACCGACUCCAGUGCUGUGCGGGCGUGUGUGCGUGUGUUCGUGUGUCUGUGAUUGACACCGCCAUGUCACCCUGCUGGCUACUAGUGCUACUGUGCUCAUCACCCCUCUGGUCCACAGAGGGAGUGGAGGGCUGGGGUAUCUCUACUGUACCGUCGGAGAGUGAGUGUAGACCUUACAUAGAGAAGGCCCUCAAGGAACACGUACCAGAGUCCCCACAAGAGGCAGUAGAUGCAACGGGCUCUGAACAUGCGACACCCCUCUCCUCGUCAACCGAACAGGCAAGAUCGAUCGAAGAAACCGAAGAGGCUACUACGAAAGAAUCCAUAGAAAAUGAUACAGGGGAUGAGGCUGAAAAACAAACUGAAGGAGAGUCAGCAGAGACAACUGAGGAAAGCAUUGAGGAUUCUCAGCAAGCAGGAACUGGAACAACAUCAGAGGAGGACGUAGCAUCUGCUGAGGAAACAGCUGCAGAAAGCACAGAGGGCACGGAGUCACAAGAGGGCGCACCAGAGGAGGAAACAAAGGCUGAAGAAAGUUCAGAAGCAAAAGAAGAACCAAUUGACAGCCAAGACUCUGUAGAGGGAGAGCAAGAGUCUGUGGAAAACAAUGAAAAUACAGAACCUACUUCAAGUGAAACUGAAGAACAAGGAGGGGACCAAUCAGCGGAGACACCUGAUGAAGGCACAAUAGACACGACUGAGGAGGAAGAAGCACAAAGUACAGAGAAACCCCAAGAAUCUACGGAACAAAAUGAAUCUUUAACAGAAAGUGAAGAGCAACAAGAAGAGACAAAUGAAGAGGGAGCGACUAGAGAAGUAGUAUCAGCUGAAGAGACUAAAGAAGAAACUACAGAAUCAGAAGAGAAGACAGAAGCAACAGAAGAUGCAACCACAUCAACUGAAGAACAUGCAGAAUCACAAGAGGAAGCUGAAAACGUAGGAGGAGAAGUAACAGAUUCUACAGAAGCUGCCGAAUCUGCUGAAACUCAGGAGACUGAGGUAGUUCAAUCUACUGAAUCUGGUGCUGGUGAAGUGGUGACAGAAAGCUUUGAAGAAACUGUUGAAACUACAGAAGCAUCAGCAGAAGAAGCAAAACCAGUAUCAACUGAGGAAGAAACACCAGCUUCUAUUGAAGAAAUUUCAGAAAAAGAGGCACCAGUUUCUGUGGAAGAAUCUUUAGAAGCAACUACAGAGACAACUGAGGAAGGAUCUGCAGAUGAAACGUUGAAAUCAGUGGAAGAGACAGAAAAAGAUUCAUCAGUUGAAGCACAAACAGAGGAAAGUACAGAAGCAAGUGGAGACACUGAAACAAGUGCUUCAGAAGAGCAACCAGCAGUGGAAACACUAGUAGAAGCUGAAGAAUCCACUGAAAAGAUAGAAGCAACACCGACUAGUGCUGCUGAGAGUGAACAAGAGUCAACUGAACAAACUGAAGAGCAGGAGCAGCCUGUGGAGCAAGAAGAAGCUAUCAAGGAGGCAGCUCCUACUAUAGAGGAUCAACUAUCUUUGGAGUUUGAAGUGCCUAAAGUACGACGGCAGAGGGAGCACAUAUCUGAGAUACUGAAGCUGACACCUGAGUCUGCGGAGGUGGAGAUGUUGCUGGCCAAGACAAUCGAGAGCACACUCAAAGAACUCAAAAAACUGUACGAUUCAGCAAUCAAGCCUCUAGAGAUACUGUACAAGUACCGCGACCUGAGCAACAGGCACUUUGGAGACCCAGAAAUCUUCUCUAAGCCCUUGAUUUUAUUCAUGGGACCCUGGAGUGGUGGCAAAUCUUCACUCAUAAACUACCUUCUUGAUAAUGAAUUCCAGGCAUCUUCUUUAAGGACAGGUGCUGAACCGUCGCCAGCCUACUUCAACAUUCUGAUGUGGGGAGAGCGGGAGGAAGUAUUGGAUGGAACACAACUGGCUGCAGACUGGACCUUCUCUGGGCUACAGAAAUUCGGACAAGGACUGCUCGACCGACUGAGGGGACUCAAGCUAAAUAACCCAUUGUUGGAAAAGGUGAACAUUGUGGAAAUUCCCGGUAUCCUGGAGAUACGCAAGCAGGUAGAGCGUCUGUUUCCAUUCAAUGAUGCUUGCCAAUGGUUUAUUGACCGAGCAGACAUCAUCUUCCUAGUGUAUGACCCCAGCAAGCUUGACGUCGGCCCUGAGACUGAGGCUAUCCUUGACCAGCUCAAGGGUAGGGAGUACCAGGUAACUACCAACACUAACCUUACAAUCUGA